CAGUCCGGCCCGGUGCGUUGCCUAACGAACUCGCCACGCCACUCUCGCUCUUAUUUCAUACGUCUUAAGGAACAUUACCUAUUCAACAUGAGGGAAUGCAUCUCAGUCCACAUCGGGCAGGCGGGAGUCCAGAUCGGCAACGCGUGCUGGGAGCUGUACUGCCUGGAGCACGGCAUCCAGCCUGAUGGCCAGAUGCCGUCGGACAAGACCCUGGGCGGCGGAGACGACUCCUUCAACACUUUCUUCAGCGAGACCGGCGCGGGCAAGCACGUGCCCAGAGCUGUCUUCGUGGACUUGGAACCGACUGUCGUAGACGAGGUCCGCACCGGCACGUACCGGCAGUUGUUUCAUCCGGAACAGCUUAUCACUGGCAAGGAGGACGCCGCCAACAACUACGCCCGAGGCCAUUACACCAUCGGCAAGGAGAUAGUCGACGUCGUGCUAGACAGGAUCAGGAAACUCGCUGACCAGUGCACUGGCCUGCAGGGCUUCCUAGUGUUCCACUCCUUCGGUGGCGGCACUGGAUCCGGCUUCACUUCUCUGUUGAUGGAGAGGCUGUCCGUCGACUACGGCAAGAAGUCCAAACUGGAGUUCUCUAUUUACCCAGCACCCCAGGUGUCAACAGCUGUAGUGGAACCUUACAACUCGAUCCUGACUACCCACACCACACUCGAGCACUCUGACUGCGCGUUCAUGGUGGACAACGAGGCCAUAUACGACAUCUGCAGACGGAACCUCGACAUCGAGAGACCCACUUACACCAACCUCAACAGGCUUAUUGGACAGAUCGUGUCCUCAAUCACCGCGUCGCUCCGCUUCGACGGCGCCCUCAACGUGGACCUGACGGAGUUCCAGACCAACUUGGUGCCUUACCCCCGCAUCCACUUCCCGCUCGCCACAUACGCGCCCGUCAUCUCCGCGGAGAAGGCCUACCAUGAGCAGCUGACGGUCGCUGAGAUCACCAACGCUUGCUUCGAGCCCGCUAACCAGCUGGUCAAAUGCGAUCCCCGACACGGCAAAUACAUGGCUUGCUGCAUGUUAUACAGAGGUGACGUGGUACCUAAAGACGUGAACGCGGCCAUCGCUACCAUCAAGACCAAGAGAACCAUCCAGUUCGUAGACUGGUGUCCGACAGGCUUCAAGGUGGGCAUCAACUACCAGCCGCCGACGGUGGUCCCGGGCGGGGACCUGGCGAAGGUGCAGCGCGCCGUCUGCAUGCUGUCCAACACCACCGCCAUCGCUGAGGCCUGGGCCAGACUCGACCACAAAUUCGACUUGAUGUACGCCAAACGCGCCUUCGUCCACUGGUACGUCGGUGAAGGUAUGGAGGAGGGAGAAUUCUCCGAAGCGAGAGAAGAUCUCGCAGCACUAGAGAAGGACUACGAGGAAGUAGGAGUUGACUCCACUGAGGGAGAACUCGAUGAAGAAAAUGAAUACUAAAUCUCCACAUUAGAUUGGUCUAUCUAUCAAUGGCUAAUCUAUGCUCCAUUCGUGGAACUUCAAAAUAUUUUUAGGUCCAUGGCUCCACUAAUAUUAAGUUUUAUAUGAGUUUUGUAAACCAUAGACUAUGACUGACCAUUAAUAACAUUUCAAUAGUAAUAAUUUGGUCGUUUUAAAUAAUAUUGUCCUUUUCCUCUAUCAAUUAUCAUGUUGUGUCCUUACAUUUUCCUCUCAAUAGAGAUAUCAAUAAAUGACGGAGACAGCAUAUGUAAAGGACAAUAUUCUUUCAGUGACCGAAAUUUAGACGUAAGAAAACUGCUUGGACGUAUAGUAUGAAUGUAUUAACAGUACAAACUUACAUUUCACUGAGUUUGUAAUGUGUUUAUUUUGCUAUAAUGCAUUUAAAGUAGGCAUAAUAUGGCUACUUAAUAAUUUAUAUUAGAUGCUUAUUUAUUAAGAUAGUUGUGCUUGAUAGAGUAUGAAUUAAUAAUUUAUUUUAUAUGCACAAUAAAUUUUAUACACUUUA